CCAAAAAUCGGUUGCAGUCACUGCCGUUUUUUAAACUGGUCAGUUGAGAACUAAUUAUCUGUGCAUUAAAGAUGAGAGGAUAGCACAACAUAAUCAGGACUGCACAAAAAUAUGAAUACAACUAAAACUUGCAUGCAAAGGAAAGAAACAAAGCAUGCUAAAUACUGGACGGCAGAGUAACCAAGUGGUUAAAGUUUCUGACCAGAUAUCCCGAGAGGACUACAUGAAAUAUUGGGUGGCAAGGUGAGGGGCUGAGCGAUGGCAGACGAGGCCGAGGCGGGUGAGUUCCCUGCCCAUUACAAAGUCAUGCUGGACAAACUGAAUGAACAGAGACAGUUGGACCAAUUCACAGACAUCACUCUCAUAGUGGACGGGCAUCAGUUCAGGGCACAUAAGGCAGUGUUGGCAGCAUGCAGUCAGUUCUUUCACAAGUUCUUCCAGGACUUCACCCAGGAGCCACUUGUGGAGAUUGAAGGAGUGAGUAACUCGGCGUUCCGCCAGCUGAUGGAGUUCACGUACACUGCUAAACUUGCCGUCAGUGGCCAAGAGGAAGUGGACGACGUGUGGAAGGCUGCAGAAUAUCUCCAGAUGCAAGAGGCCAUCAAGGCCCUCAACAACAGGUUAUGUAACGGGACGCCGUUCAGUCAGGGCCUGACACUGAUUGAGGGAAAGGGCAAGAAGCGGAAGCUAGCGGAGACAUUUAACGUCAUCACUGAAAGUCUUCCAUCAGUGGUGGGAGAUCAGGUGGAGAUCGAGUUGGAGAUCGGAGAGGGUGACAUCGAAGUGGAGGAGACGGGGCUGGAGGAGGUGGUGGAUGCUGCUCGGAAUGCCCAGGCGACCUCGGACGACUCUGCGCUGGCACUGCUCGCUGACAUUACCAGCAAGUACCAGCAGGGGGGGCCGACGCUGCACAUCGUGAAGAAGGAUGGACUGGAGGACAUUCAGGAGGUGGUGUAUCAAGAAGAGACCGUGAGAACUCCAAAGGCCCUCGAGGGCCUAGAGGUGGUCGAAGUCCAGAUCUCUCAGCUGGACAACAUGUUCCGCUGCAACAAAUGCGACCGUAGCUUCCGCCUCUACUAUCACCUGAAACAGCACAUGCGGGCGCAUGUGGCCCGUGGCCCGCUGGACAAGCCCCACGUGUGUCGCCACUGCGGUAAGGCAUACACGCGGGAGGGAGCGCUGAAGCAGCACCUGACCACGCUGCACUACGAGGCAGAGGAGCUGUCGCGAAGCCAGUCCCAGAAGAAGAAAACGCACGUCUGUGAGUACUGCGAAAAGCAGUUCGACCACUUCGGGCACUUCAAGGAGCACUUACGAAAGCACACAGGAGAGAAGCCAUUUGAGUGUCCAGACUGCCACGAGCGCUUUGCCAGGAACAGCACAUUGAAAUGUCACAUGUCUGCCUGCCAGAAUGGCGCCGGGGCCAAAAAGGGACGCAAGAAACUCUACGAAUGCCAGGUGUGCAGCAGUGUGUUCAACAGGUGGGAGCUAUUCAAGGACCACCUGACCACCCACACGGGAGAGAAACCCAACCACUGCACCCUGUGUGACCUCUGGUUCACCCAACCCCUCGAGCUGCGCCGGCACCUCCGCGACCUGCACGACAUCACCGACGACAAGCUGAUGACCCAGGAGCUAGUCUUGGCCGCGUCCGCCAUGACAAGGCAGGAGGAGGUGGCCGGGGAGGAGGGGGAGGAGGAAGGCGAGGGCGAGACCCUCCUCCUGGAGGAUGGGAUACGGGUGGAGCAUGUGGACGUGGUGGCUGUGGAGGAAACGACCGUGGUGAUGGAGGAGGUGGACGGGGAGGUGACAGAUAUGUGCGAGGAGGACGUACAGAGACUGAAGGAGGCCGGGGUGGAGAUUCAGGUGGUACAGGUGUCGGUGGAGGGCCAGGCGAAGUCUGAGAUUCAGGUGGAGGAGAGCGAGGUGGAGGUGGAGGAGGACUCGCACCAGACUGUGGUUGUAUGAAGCAGGAGCCACUUGGCAUUUCAAAUCAAACCCUGGUCCCCGAUAAUCCAGUAGCUCUGGCCAGGAGACACAGAUGGGGAAUUGGCUUUUAUCCAGUGCGUAACACUGCCUGCUUGCUGUCGUGGAACUGGAAGCCGCCAGGCCCCUCCUCAUCCUCUGGACCGGUGUUUCCCAAUUAUUUUCCUGGGGGCCCCAAGGGUCGCAGGUUUUUGUUUUUUUCCCUAGCACUCACACACCUGGUUCAAAUUAAAGACAUGAUGAUAGGUUGAUUAUGUCAAUCAAGUGUGUAAGU